AUGGGCGCCGCUUACAAUAUCUUGGGUAAAACUGUUCAGCCACACCAGCUAGCCUUGGGCACGCUUGCCGCUGUGUCUUUGUUGGUCGUUCCAAACCCAUUUGCAUCUUCCGCCCGGAAGCAGCCUGAAAUCAAGGCCAGCUCUGAAGACGAGGAGAAGUUCAUUGCUGAAUACCUUAAAAAGCACACCGCAACCGCUGAGAAGCACUAA